UACGUAAGGCAGAUGUGUGGCGAGAAAAAAAAAAGAGGAAACACAAGUGCCAGUGUAGCGGAAGUGGUACUGCCCUGAACGCUGAGCGAGACGGAGGACGGAGGCUGAAUCGUCCAGAGAGAAAAAAAAAGCAGGAUUAAAAGUCGCCAAUAUUUCUAGAAAAUGGAUAAGAACGACCUGGUACAGAAGGCCAAGCUUGCUGAGCAGGCUGAGCGCUAUGAUGACAUGGCUGCAGCCAUGAAGUCAGUGACGGAGCAAGGUGCAGAGCUGUCAAAUGAGGAGCGCAACCUACUCUCUGUUGCCUACAAGAAUGUGGUAGGAGCACGCCGCUCAUCCUGGCGCGUCAUCUCCAGCAUCGAGCAGAAGACUGAGGGCAAUGACAAAAAACAGCAGAUGGCACGCGAAUACCGGGAGAAGAUUGAACGUGAGCUGGAAGACAUCUGCCAUGAUGUGCUGGGGCUACUGGACAACUUCCUCAUUACCAACGCAACUGCUGCUGAAAGCAAGGUGUUCUAUCUGAAAAUGAAAGGCGACUAUUAUAGAUACCUGUCUGAGGUUGCAUCCGGGGAUGCUAAGAAGGAUACAGUGGACAACUCCCAGCAGGCUUACCAGCAAGCUUUUGACAUUAGCAAGGGGGAGAUGCAGCCAACACACCCGAUCCGGCUUGGCCUGGCCCUCAACUUCUCAGUCUUCUACUAUGAAAUCCUCAACAACCCGGACAGGGCCUGCAGCCUGGCUAAGACGGCAUUUGAUGAAGCCAUUGCUGAACUUGACACUUUGAACGAGGAUUCUUACAAAGACAGCACCCUGAUCAUGCAACUACUAAGGGACAACCUGACUCUGUGGACAUCAGAAAACCAGGCAGAUGAGGGAGAGACCGGAGACGGGGAAAACUAAUGGAAUUGCACUGUUAAUCCACCUACACUCUUAUCUUAAACACAGACAGCUUAUAUACAUCCCCCUCCACUCCAUCAGCUCCUCCCACUUCUGUAUGACAAGCAGCCUGAAUUGCUCCUGACCAACUAGUUCACCCCUCUCAGUUCACUGUGAGGUGACAGGGUAAUUUUCAGUUAGCAGAUUCAGUCACUUUGUGGAAACAUGUUGUAUUGAUUAGUGAGUCCAUGUUGCUGUUGUUUUUGUCGGCUUUGUGUGUAUGUCUGUAUGUAGUGAGUGAGCAAGUGUGAAAGGAAGUGAAAGGUUUGUGUGUAUGGUCUGGGGGGGAGGGGGGUGUUGUGAAUUCUAAUCGUCCUUCCAAAUCCCUUUGUCCCAGCUAGUUUGUUGUGCAUUUUUCAUCCCUUUUUUUGUUACUUUCUUAUUUGUGAUUCCUCAUGAUAUUUACAGGCUAUAUUGUAUGGUAAUUGAACUGGCAGUUGAUUUCCACCAAACACUGUGAUGGUAGGCGUUCCAUUUGCUUCACAACCCAAAACAGUUUUGUGUUUGAAUUUCCAGACACACGUACAAUCCUGUAUUCAACUAACUGCAAUUCUGCUGUGGGCUCAUACAGAAAGGAGGCAGGCUGUAUUGUGACACUGACAUCUUGGUGUAAUGCUCCUUGAUCAUGUUCACAAAUUCACAGUUUCAAAGUUUUAAGGGACCCCUUAAAUUGUCAUGUUAGAUUUGUUCAGACAUUCCACAUCAUUAGGCUUUUUAAAAAGCAGUGCUCCUUUUAUUUUUAUUUUUUUAACUAAGUAUGGAUUGUCAUUGUAGUUUUACUCACUGUUCAGGUGCUGCUUAUCAGUACAAUGGAAAUUGUAUGUGCGUAAAUGUGGUUCCAUGUAUUUUGCAAGAUUGACUAUCAUCUGUAUGUAAAACCUAAAGUAACCUUUUAUUGAUGUUAAUUGAAAAAUGUCUUACCACACUGUAUCAACCCUGCUUGCAAAAUAUUCCUCUUAAAGCGGUUGUUUUCUCCCUCCAAAAAAAAGAAUCUGUGCCUGGCUUUCUCUUGCAGCCUCUGCUUUCAUUAAGGUGGCAGCAUCUGCUUGUUGUUAGAUAUUUCAGAGAAAACGAGUUAGCCCAGACAAACUGAAAGCUAAAUCUUGAUGCAAGUUUUUAACCCAGGUGCAUCCCUCUACUGUUUUAAAGAUGGCUGGUGUGAAUGAUCGCCUCAAAAAUAAUCAGGUCUACUUUGAAGGUGCAAUUUGGAGAAGGCCAUUCCACCACUUUGGAAAGAAGCUCAGUGUCACAAUACCAUGUUAUCACCACUACAUUCCACAUAUUGUAGUUGAAGACACCAUUCCACAUUAUAGCUGACAGUCUGUUUAUUCUGACAGUGCUCCAAUGAAUUGAAAUAAUCUUAUGUUGAAAAAAAAAUGUCAGUUUAUUAUUAUGCUUGAUGAAAAUGCAGUUAGUGAAUGUGGAACGAAGCCUGUCUGUAUAUCAGGUAUCUACUUGCUUUGUUUUUACUGACAAGUCUUAUGGCUAAAAUUUGCUUCUGUAACAGUCUAUUACCCAGUGCACACACGUGGUUGUGAAAAUUUAGAAUAGCUCUAAAAAGCAAUGAAGAAAUGGAGAUAAACAAUGGUUGGUGUAAUUCUAGCUUUGUGUUUAUGUAUCUUAAAACCAUUCUAGUUUCACUAUACAUGUAAGAAAUAGGAAAGUGUCAAAGACCAUUCAGUGAAAUAAAGUUUCGUUUAAGAUAACAGGCA